CGCCGCCCCGCCUGUGCUUGUCGUUACGGUUCACGUCACGUAGGCUGGUAACAAUGGCGACACAAGCUCCGGGACCUACGACCCAAGCGAGUAGCAGCUCCACAUUCAGCCGGAAAAAAGAUGGGGGCCCUUGUUCUACAUUCUGGGAGAGUCCCGAAACUGUUUCUCAACUUGAAACGGUUCGCAGCUGGGUGGGGAAGCAUUACAAAAAGUAUAUUCAGGUUGAUGCUCCUUCCAGCAAGUCCCUUGCAGGGCUUGUCUUGCAGCUUCUGCAGUUUCAGGAGGACACAUUUGGCCGCAGAGCCACCAGCCCAGAUCUCACAAAGCUGCCAGCAAAGUGUUUCCUGGACAUGAAACCUGGUGGUGCUCUGUGCCACAUCAUCGGCUCUGUGUACAAAUUUAAGACUGAGCAGGGCUGGCGGCGCUUUGAUUUGCAGAACCCUUCCCGAGUGGACCGCAAUGUCGAGAUGUUCAUCAGUGUGGAGAAAACCCUGAUACAGAAUAAUCUGCUGAGCAGACCAGUGGUGUACCUGUCACCUGAGCUGGACCUGAAGCAGGCCAGCGAACUCCAUGAAAUCAUCACACGACAUCAGGGUUCCGUCACAGAAGACAGGUUACAAGCCACCCAUCAAGUUUACCCAUCUCCCACCUCAGCAGAUGAUGAAGAGUGGUUCCGGCCUGUCAUGUGGGUAGAUGAGCAUGUUCUAGUGCACUGGGGAAUGUAUCCAGACAGUUAUGAUACAUGGGUCCCGAGCAGUGAUGUUGAUGAAGGUGUAGAGGAGCCGUCUUGUCCAGGUCGACCCUGGAAGGUACAUGCCAGAUGGGUUCAGGACACAGAUGUGUUUAAUGAGUGGAUGACUGAAGAGGAUUAUGACGUGGAUGAGGGCAGGCGGGGGAUCAGCUACCGGCAACGCAUAUACCUAAGGGACGAGGAGGAGUGCAAGACUUCUGGGAGGAAGAGGAGGAGCUCACCCUCACCACCCUCGAUCGAGCCCAGAAAGAAAGCACAGAAGAAAGGGUUAGGGGCAUAUAAGAAGCGUGGUCAGCAUGAGGAGGCAGAGCUAGAGGAGGAUCUGACUAAAGACAUGGAGGACCCAACACCUGUGCCUAACAGGGAGGAGGUCAUACUACCCAAAAAUGUUAACUUGAAGAAAGACAGUGAGAACACACCAGUGAAAGGCGGGACCAUGACUGACUUGGAUGAGCAGGAGGAUGUGCUCGUGUUCGUUGUGCAGGACGAAGAGGAUCAAGUCCGGGAGUUCAGACGUGGUCUGGAGAGUGAGGAGACUGCGACGGAGCAGACACACCACAUCAUUAUUCCCAGCUAUGCCUCCUGGUUCGACUACAACUCCAUGCACAGGAUAGAGAGGAGAGCACUGCCCGAGUUCUUCAAUGGAAAGAACAAGUCCAAAUCACCAGAAAUCUAUCUGGCGUAUCGUAACUUCAUGAUUGACACCUACCGCCUGAACCCACAGGAGUACCUGACAUCCACCUCCUGCAGACGCAAUCUUACAGGAGAUGUCUGUGUCCUUAUGAGGGUCCAUGCAUUCCUGGAGCAGUGGGGUCUGAUUAAUUAUCAGGUUGAAGCUGAGAGUAGACCCCUCCCCAUGGGCCCCCCCCCAACGCCUCACUUUAACGUCCUCACAGAUACACACUCUGCCCUGAUUCCUCUGCAGCAUAGACCAUUACAGGUUCCAUCCUCUCAGCACAUGCUUAAUUUUCCAGAGAAGAGUAGAGAAAAACCCUCCGACCUGCAGAACUUUGGCCUGCGCACCGAUAUAUAUGCAAAGAAACAUCCAAAGACUAAAGGAGCAAGUGCAGGGCGAGAGUGGACAGAACAAGAGACGCUGUUGUUGCUGGAGGCAUUGGAGAUGUAUAAAGAUGACUGGAAUAAAGUUUCGGAGCAUGUAGGUAGUCGCACGCAAGAUGAGUGUAUUCUACACUUCCUGCGGUUGCCCAUAGAGGACCCAUACCUGGAGAACUCGGAGGCAUCUUUGGGACCUUUGGCCUACCAGCCAGUCCCCUUUAGCCAAUCAGGAAACCCCGUCAUGAGCACUGUUGCUUUCCUCGCUUCAGUAGUCGACCCCAGAGUUGCCUCUGCUGCUGCCAAGGCUGCCUUGGAGGAGUUCUCUCGGGUGAGGGACGAAGCCACCCCCGAGCUGCUCCACUCACACAUUCACAGAGAACGUGCAAGGAGCCUAGCACAACUCGACUCUGCCUUCAGCCUCCAAUCAAGUAACAUCUCAGAGAGUGACUCUGACCAACUAGAAAAGAGUGAUGGGGCUGGAAUAGAAAAAAUGGAGUUUGAUCCUGACCAGCAUAUAAAUGUGGUGGGGGAACAUGGAGCAGGAGAGGGAGAGCAAGUGAAGAAUGAGGAAAGAGAUGAGAUUGAAUCUGAGAAGAGGGUACAGAACCUGGCAGAGGAUGGAUUGGAGAUGGGCCAGACUCAUGGAGAAGAAGAGGAGAGAAGUAGUAGGGUGGAGCUUGAGUUGGUUGAAGCACACAUUGCCACAGCAGCCGCUGCUGCAUUGGCCUCUGCAGCCACCAAAGCCAAACACUUGGCUGCAGUGGAGGAGAGGAAAAUUAAGUCUCUAGUGGCUCUGCUGGUUGAGACACAGAUGAAGAAGUUGGAGAUCAAGCUGAGACAUUUUGAGGAGCUGGAAACCAUCAUGGACCGGGAGAAGGAGGCUUUGGAGCAGCAGAGGCAACAGUUGCUGGCGGAGCGUCAGAGCUUCCACAUGGAGCAGGUGAAAUACGCUGAGCUGAAGGCCCGCCAGCAGCAGGAGCAGCAGGGGGGCAGUGGAGGUGGAGCUGCAUAUAACCCUGCCCACCAUGGUCGUACAGUGGGCAGUGGAGGAGCAAGCCAGAUGUUGAGCUCCCGCCACACUGGGGCUCCCAAUGGCACUUACCCAACCCCAUCUCCCUCGCAGUCUGAAGGGACCACACCCAUUUCAAGGGCACCAAUGGAGAGCUGAAGCCAGUCACCGUUGUGGAUAUCUCAACCAUAUCCAACUGCAGACAGUGUUACAACCAUCUCCAGCAAUGAGUCACACACUUGCACCUCAAACAGUCCAAUCCAUCACACUUCACUUUAGUACUGCAAUUUCGGCAUACCAUUUCAUGUUUUACUUGUCAAGUAAUGGAUGUGUUGGUACUGGUCAUUUGUAAAUGUGGGUUUUUUUAUGCUACAGUGACUUUCAAAAAGUAACAUUUGUGGCUUUACAUUUGCUGUUUCAUCUGCACUAAAUGUUUGUAGCUCAGUUUUUGUAUUGAAUCAGAUACAGCACUUGUGGAAUAAGAAUCAAGGCUCAAUAAAUUUUCUACAAAAGGUCA